GUAUCUGAUUUCGAGUACACACCAGCGCUGACCAUUUUCGAUCUCUUCCGUAUUCCUCUCUAUCAUGGCUGGGUGGCGGACCCACAGGAUCGCGAUUUAAUAGAGGCACUCAGGAACCAGACGUACAACCAGGUUGUGGAGAUGAUCAUUGACUACAAAUCCUCUUCUGAUCCUGCUUGUGUUGAAAAAGGUAAUGUUCCCCCUUUAUGCUCUGAGAAGGUAGGCUUUUAA